AUGUCGUCCUUCCACUUGAACGUGCCCCGGGUGCUGGGAGAUGUCUCCCACACCGCCUCGAAGCUGGUCCUCAUCUGGGCCAUCCACAGCAACAAGUCGGCGGAGGGAGUCUCACUCCUGACGCAGCUCCUCUACAUUCUGGUCUUCAUCACCAGAUACCUCGACCUCUUCUGGGUGCCGCCGUCCUGGAGCAUCUGGAACUUCGUCCUCAAGAUCUUCUACAUCACCUCAUCCGCUUACAUCGUCUUCCUCAUGAUGCGCGUCUACGCCAGGACUAAAGAGCGAGAAUACGGCUGGAAAUUGGCAAUCUACUGCCUGGUUGGGUCUGCUGCCCUGGCCGCGCCCGUCUGCAUUUUGUUCGAGCACUGGAAGAACGCUACGCCAGGCGAGGUGUUUUGGACCUUCAGCAUCAUCCUCGAGUCCGUCUGCGUCCUACCACAGCUCCUCCUGCUCCGCCAGACCACCGUUCCGACCGUCCUCGAUUCCUACUACCUCGUCCUGCUUGGCUCCUACCGAUUCUUCUACAUCAUCAACUGGAUUGUCAAAGGCGUGGGCGACCCAACCUGGUACGACCCAACAAGCGUCAUCUUUGGCAUCCUCCAAACCGCCCUCUACCUCGACUUCGCAUGGGUCUACUACACACGACAACGUGUCAAGCUUCGAGGAGGUGGCAUCGUUGACAGCGACGACCUGAGCAAGAGCUUCCUCGUCAGACGAUUUGUGGGACGCCCACGGACCAACAACGCUGGCGAAGACGACGAAGAUAUUGCAGACGAAGACGCUGCAUUGGCAGGACAAGAGAGUGGAACGAUCAGACCUUCGGGCAAUCGCUGGGGCUCCCGCGGCGUCUCUGUGUCCGCCGACGAUACUCUGCAAGAGCACCUCGAUCACAUUGACGAUGAUGACGACGUCGACGCACCCCCUCCGCCCGCCAAAGAUCAGAAGCAACAGUCAGCUCCAGGCACAUCAACGCCCUCCUCCGAGGUCGAGAGCGAGUCAACAGAAGCUUGGUCAAGCGUCGCAAACGACAAUGAAGCUGGUAAUGGACGAACCACUUAG